AUGGUAAAGUAUAUCGGUGUGACGUUGAUUGCCGUAUGUUUCACCUAUGGGAUUAUUAUUGAUAGGGACGAUGAAACUUUUCGGAAUGUCGAGCACAGCAUUCAACAGUUUUUCAACGGGUCCAAAGAUGUUAUUAAUACUUUUGAAGUGACCUAUUGUUCGGUUAAAGCUAGGCUUCAUUCAUUCACUGGACCGAAGCAGAUGUUGAGGAAUUAUACGAAUCAACGGAUUGAGAUCACCUCGAUGAUUGCCGACGAGAAUCGAAUGAAUGUCGCCGUGCUCGCCAGGGAGAUCAUCGAGUUCGUGCGGUACAAUCGAACAGUUGUCAAUGGAAUGUAUUUUCGAUUAGAGACGGGAAACGAAUUUCAAAACAUGUACGCAAUUAAUCAUGUCGAGUAUCGAUGCCAUAAUGGAGUGUAUGCUUACUCGGAAGAUCUCUGA